AUGGAGGAUUUACAGAAAGAAGUGGAUUUACUUAGCAGAAAAUUGUCUGAACAAGGUGAAGCUUUGCUACUGGCCAGAGAAGGUCAACGUGAGGCCCUGGCAUUAGCAAAAGCUGCCACCGAAAAACAGAGUGUAACUCCAGCCAUUUAUAUUCCUCGGGAAAGAAAACUCUCUGAUUUCAGUGGUAUUUCUGGGGAACAAGACGUGGAGGAAUGGAUUGAUCAAGUGAGAUCCAUCUUCCGGUUGUCCCGCAUACCUGAGGAUGAUCAAGUUGAACUUCUUAAGCAGCACCUUAAAGGGGAAGCUAAGUUGACUGUAAAGUUGAUGCUGGGUGAAACUGAAAACGAUCCAGAAAAGAUAUUUGAGGUGCUCAUUGACACAUAUGGUGACAGAACACCAGUUGGGACUCUACUGAGGGAAUUUUACGAAACCACUCAGAGUCCAGGAGAGACAGUUAGGGCAUUUGCUUAUGCUCUUCAGGAAAAGUUGGAAAAGGUUUUAAAAAGAGACCGCAAUCGUGUACCCCUUCCAGAAGUUGUUCUGAAUGAACAACUGGUAUUGGGUUUGUUUGAUGCCGGUCUUCGCCGGGAAAUUAAAAGAACAGUUAAGGAACAGAGAGGUAUGUCGUUCAAAGAUGUUAUAGAAGCUGCGAUCACCUGGUCAGAGGAGGGGGAAAAGAAUGUGUCAGCUGCAGCUUUAAGUAGUGGCAAGUCCAGAGCCACCGUGAGUUCUACUACUGCGGUGACAGAAUCACCUUCACUCAGCUUAGAAAGCCUGCAUGGGGCUAUUCAGAAACUCGCGGCCCGUCAAGAAGAGCUGUUUAAAGAGGUUUGCCUUGUUAAAGAAAUGAGGGUAGAGCCAAGGGAAAGUUACAAACGCAGCUCCCGGGCCCCGCUGAAGGAUAGUGAUGGUAGAUACAUUUGCUACUCCUGUAACCAGCCAGGACACACGAGUCGUUAUUGUCCCCAAAAUCGGGAAAAACAACCAGGGCUGCCAGUGGACAGGACUACGACUGUGUCCAGUCAGCAUGGUGAUAGUUCGGGUGUAGAUAGGUCAGCUUCAAUUCGUGUUCAGUCUGCCUCAUCCGCGGUCCAUGGCCACCAGGUUACUAGUCAGGCAUUUGGUAAUUGUCUGGUUAUUGAGGUAAAAAUAGCUGGGGUUAUAACCCGCUGUCUGUUGGACACAGGCUCGGAGGUUACAACCAUUACAGAGUCUUACUUUAGAGAACAUUUUUGUGGAGUUGGAUCAGAGCUAUUGAGUGCCAGAUGGGUGCGCCUCUCUGCGGUGAAUGGAUUGGAGAUCCCAGUGGUUGGGUGUCUGGAGACUGAUGAGUGCAUGGGACAGACCUUAUGUAACAAGUGUGUGUUUGUAUUAAAGGAUCCAGAACAGUCAGGAGAGGUGGGCGUUCCUGGCAUCGUUGGCAUGAAUAUACUGGGGGACCUUAAGGGACUGCUUGGCACCCACAAAGAGGUGACCAAGCUAGACCGCCACAGGGGGUUGAGAGAGAAUGCCUGUGUCAGGAGAGUACUGGCAACCAUUGAAAAGGAAACAAACUACAUUGCCCCAUCAGGUAGAAUAGGUUAUGUCAAGGUAGCUGGCAGGAGGAAAGUUACCAUUCCGCCAUACACUCAGGUAAUUGUACAGGGGCAUUGCCGAACCCCAAUGAAGAGCCAAUGCCAAGUCUUGGUGGAGGCUACAACAGGUGUAAGUCUGCCAAGUGGGGUUCUUGUUGCUAAUGUCUUGACCCAGGCAAAAGAAGGAAAGGUGCCAGUUCGGAUAUUAAAUGCCACUAGUAAGAUUGUGAGACUGCCACCUAGAGCUAGGCUUGCUGAGGUUCAUAAACCGGCAGAGAUCUACCUGAAAGACCCGAUAAUUUUUGAGGAGCAACAAGAUGCGUUCUGUGUACGGGUUAAAACUGAGAAGGUGGCAGGUCAUGGUCGAUUAUCGGACCCAUUGCCAAUCUCAAUAGAGGUUAAUAUGGAACCUUUGCAGGAUGAACAGAUGUUGAAGUUGAGGGCACUUCUAGAGAAACAUAUAGAUGUGUUCUCUAAGUCUGACAGUGAUUAUGGUCACACCACUGCAGUUACACACUGCAUCCCUACAGGAGAUGCUCAGCCCAUCAAACAACGUCACAGACGCAUCCCACCACAGAUCUUUCAAGAGGUCAAACGACAUGUACAGGACCUGGUGUCUCAGGGCAUCCUUAAGGAAAGUUGCAGUCCUUGGGCUUCCCCUGCAGUGAUUGUUGUUAAGAAGGAUGGGGGAAUUCGGUUUUGCUGUGAUUACAGGAGACUGAAUCAAAUAACCUGUAAAGACGCGUACCCUCUCCCUCGAGUGGAGGAGUCAGUUGAUGCUCUAGGAGAUGCCCGUAUUUUUUCAACGCUUGAUCUGACAUCUGGCUACUUUCAGGUUGCCAUGGAUAGUCAAGACCAAAUAAAGACAGCGGUGACUACACCUUUCGGGUUGUUCGAGUGGACUCGCAUGCCCUUUGGGUUAUGCAACGCCCCGGCGACAUUUCAACGCCUAAUGGGUGUGGUCCUAGGAGAUUUGACAUUUGACACCCUUUUAGUAUAUUUGGAUGACAUUAUAGUCUUCUCAAAAGACUGGAUCUAG